AUGACACCUGUGCAAUUGUGGGUUUCAGGUUUGAAUAAUUUAGAUGAAGCUACAGGAACACUAAGCAACAGUGCAGAAAGUAGCAUUGAUGCACAUGGUAUUGAUUAUGAAGGGCCACUACCUUCUCAAAGAUUUAAUGGUGAAACAUGGAAUGAAAAUUCUGUAGAAGUUCCUGAAAUUGCAUGUCCUGUCAACGAUACCCAGGUUCAUCAACUUAGAACAAUGGUAAACCCUUUAGGUGCAUCAUCUUCAUAUGGAAUGGACAUUUAUUGCAGAACAGUUCAGCUUGUUGAGAAUAUGUUGGAGAUAGAGUAG